CCCGCCGGGACUGAUGUGCGAAGAUGGCGAAGAUGGGUCUUCUUGCAGGACGUGAAUUUUGACAUCAGGCGCUGGAUGUACGUGUGCGUAUCUGUGUCGGGAUCGGCCUGCAAGUGUAAAGUAGUGAUCGAAUUAGUCUCAAUCGGUACGUCUUUACUGUCGCAUCCGUGCGAACAGACGGUGGAAGUGUCUCCGAGGUCGGUUUUGUAGCAGUGUUGUUUCUAGUGAAUAGUGUAGUUGGACCGUGUUUUUCGCUGCGUCUGCUGCCGGAAUUUGUAAUAAGUUUGUAAUUAAAGUGUAUGUGCAGCAAUUUAGUCUGCGGACAAUGAUACGCGAGAGCAGCUUCGAUCGGGAGUGACGUGUUACGGUCCAUUCGGAAGAUGACGACACAUCCAGAGGAGAUGGUGUUUCCGUAAUUCGAAGUGGCGAAUACAGAACGACUACGAUUAAAUCGAAGGGCGGAUCGUCCUAAAUCGGAGAAAGCUGGCACAUCAAAACAAAGUUUUAGGCAAAUUUUGCUUCUAGUCAGACCAGUUUGAUGUCAGGCAGUGAAUCUUCGGAAUGUAAACAAUACAAAUGUCAAAAUGAGAUUUGAUGCGUUUUGUUGUGACUCGUCGAAGUGAAGCAGACGUGUUUUGUGUUUGCAUAGUUUUGUUGUGUGUUUUUGUUGCCUGUAACUCGCAUGCACGGCGGAAAUCGCCUGAAUGUUUUUAUAACCAAUUUAAUGAUCGAGUCUUUACCUGCAGCCAGAGGCGAGCAAUGCAAUGUGUAAACAAAUGAAACAUACCUCCCGGAGAGGUACCGAAAGCGGAAAGCAAUCAAAAAUCAAUACAACUGGAGUAUUCUAAACAAAAAUAUGGAAUGCAAGAGCGCGGUGUUUUCGGGUGGUGAAAUUGAAAUCGCUGUAAAAGAGCAAGUGUUUUGUAGAAUCAAGGAAAAUAAGUGAAUUGCUCCAAAUCAUAGCGUAAAAUAGGAUGUGACGUGGUGAAUGAAAAUCCGAUUAGUGCUAGAGAAUAGAAGUUAUGUGGUAUAUAGUGUUAUCGUGGAACGAAGCAUAUUUCGUUCUUGAAUCAGCGCCUAUUCCCGGAUUAAAACGUACCACAAUGUUCGUUUCGUGGAAAAGUAGAGCAUUAAUAAUUCCCUAAAUUUGUGGCGCCUUCCGGUUAGCGAAAACACUAUAAUGAAUAAUUUAACCACACGCAAUUAAUAAUAGGGCGUUAUCGGCCGCACCUGCAAAUAAUUAAACAUCCGAGAAGAUAGCCAAUCUGCUCACUGCCCAAAAUGCAGGCGAAAAAGCGCUACAUUCUGGUUAUAAUCUGCUGUGCAUUUCUGGCUUACUGUUACUUUGGCGGCUACCGGCUCAAAUGGCUACAGAAGCUGUUCGCUAUCAGUGUACGGAAAAAUCCGUCCAAACUACCGCCUUACCAUCAGAUGCACUACCAGUUCUCAGAUGCCCUGGAACAUCCGGCCGCCGCAAUCGCUGCCAAUGCCGAGCGUCGUUCUGCAUUGGAUGACGAUCUGUACGCGUAUCCGGUAUUCGAGUCCAAGUACAUAGGCGACGCACUCCCCUCGCAACACCGCUCCUGUCGGAUGGAAACGUGUUUCGAUUUUUCCAAGUGCUCCGAUCAAAACUUUCUAGUGUACGUCUAUCCGCCGGAACCGCUUAACUCGUUGGGAGCUCCUCCGCCGGUUAGUCCAAAUUACCAGAAAAUUAUAUCCGCCAUCCAAGAGAGUCGGUACUUUACGCCGAACCCGGAAAAGGCGUGUCUGUUCGUGCUGGGCAUCGAUACCCUGGAUCGGGACUCGCUGAGUGAGGACUAUGUGCGAAACGUUCCGUCCAGACUGCAGCGGUUGCCACACUGGAAUAACGGACGGAACCAUAUCAUCUUCAAUCUCUAUUCGGGAACGUGGCCGGAUUAUGUCGAGGUAGGACUCGGCUUUGAUCCCGGACAGGCGAUUCUGGCCAAGGCCAGCAUGAGUGUUCAAUCGUUGCGGACGAACUUCGACGUGAGCAUCCCGCUGUUCCACAAGCAGUUCCCGCUGCGUGCUGGAAACACCGGUUUCGUUGCGAGCAAUAAUUUCCCCGCGAACAAGAAGUAUCUGCUGGCGUUUAAGGGAAAAAGAUAUGUGCACGGGAUAGGGUCCGAAACGAGAAAUUCCUUGUUUCAUCUGCACAACGCCCGGGAUUUGGUGCUGGUGACGACCUGUCGGCACGGGAAAAGCUGGCGGGAUCUACAGGACGCGCGGUGCGACGAAGACAACCGGGAGUAUGACAGAUACGACUACGAGACUUUAUUACAAAAUUCAACAUUUUGCCUUGUGCCGAGAGGACGCCGUCUAGGAUCGUUUAGGUUCCUCGAGGCGCUUCAGGCAGGUUGUAUACCGGUGCUACUGUCCAACUCGUGGGUGUUACCGUUUCAGUCGAAAAUCGACUGGAAACAGGCAGCGAUCUGGGCCGAUGAAAGACUGUUACUGCAGGUGCCGGAUAUUGUACGUUCGAUCUCCGCCAGCCGCAUCCUAGCUUUACGUCAACAAACUCAAGUGCUUUGGGAGCGUUAUUUCAGUUCCAUUGAGAAAAUAGUUUUUACUACAUUCGAGAUAAUUCGAGAGAGACUGCCAGACUAUCCCCAUCGGAACGGGCUGACCUGGAAUCAGUCGCCGGGAGCCCUGCUGACGCUUCCAACAUUCUCCGACACGGCGCACCGGUUUCCAUUUUUGCUGGACUCCGUGGGCUACCGGCCCGGACCGAACUAUACGGCCGUCAUCUUCGUCCAGAUCGGCGCUCAGCUGACACCAAAUACCGCACUGUACAAGCUAGUCAAAUCCAUCACCAAAAGCCAAUUUGUAGAUAAGAUUUUAAUUCUAUGGGCCUGUGACCGAUCAGCGCCGACUCGCAAACGGUGGCCUCCGACGGGGCACAUUCCGCUGCACGUGAUAAGCGGAUCGUCCAGUGAAGACCGGCCCAGCAUAUCCCAAAGAUUUUUCCCCCACGAGCAGAUCGAAACGGACGCCGUACUGUCGCUGGAUGAGGAUGCCAUCCUUAACACCGACGAGCUGGACUUUGCCUACCAGGUGUGGCAAGAUUUCCCCGACCGCAUCGUUGGCUAUCCGGCGCGAGCUCACUUCUGGGAUGAUUCCAAAAACGCCUGGGGUUAUACGUCCAAAUGGACCAACUACUACUCGAUCGUACUGACGGGGGCAGCUUUCUACCACCGCUAUUACAACUAUCUUUACACCAACUGGCUGUCCUAUCUGCUGCUGAAGACGGUCCAGCAGUCCUCGAACUGCGAGGACAUCCUGAUGAAUCUGCUGGUGUCGCACGUUACACGGAAACCACCAAUUAAAGUGACUCAGCGGAAGGGUUACAAGGACCGGGAGAGUGGGAGAUCGCCGUGGAAUGAUCCAGAUCACUUCAUUCAACGACAAAGUUGUCUGAAUACGUUUGCGGCUGUGUUUGGCUACAUGCCGCUGUUACGUUCCAAUCUCCGACUGGAUCCGGUACUGUACCGUGAUUCGGUAUCCAACCUGAGGAAAAAGUACCGCCAAAUCGAACUGGUCGGCAGCUAGCGGUUCUUGUACGUUUACUAAGUUCUCGUAUGUUUCAACCUGAUUCAUCGUUCGGUUCUCGAAACCUUUCCACUCGCUCUCCGAAGCUAUCACCGGGUGGUACCAACUAGAUCACAUCUCAUUGUAGAACAAGAACAAACUAAGUUAGUGAAAUGUUCGUAGUCGAGCAAUCUCGAUGAAUGGUGGGUGAGUCCCAGCAGAGUGAUUUGUAAAAUCCAAACCGAAACAAAAACUGACGCCCUGAGGGCUCUGUCCAGCAGAGCGCCGGGAAAAAUUGACUAGGAAAAAGAAAGUGUAGUAUUUUGUAAUUAAUUUUAUUUUAUAAAUUUUUAUAAGUUUUUAGAGCUGUAGGCCUACAAAAAGCAAUUUUUACGUUACUGAACUGAAGGACGAUUAGAAGAUUCAAACCACAUGAUCACUCAUACUGUACAGAAUAAUUCAGCUAAACACUGAGGAGAUAAUUGGUUGUUAUACGUAGAUAAAUGCUGACGGAAUGCCAUAAAGGUCGUGUGAAAAUUUCGCUUUCGAAAUAUUUUCUUGUUGUUGUAAAUAGCACCCGGUAGGCCAAAAGUAAGAAAAUCGAGCAUCCUAAGAAUCUUAACUAAAAUAGAUACGCAGUCAUAAACAUACUCAAUACAAGGCAGUACCGGAAGCGCUAUCGUUUUAUCUUCUAUAGGAUGAUAAGUAGGACAAAUUAUAUCAAACAACACGAUCGCCAGUCAUGACUGCAACGGCAUACAUAUAUCGGUUUAGAUAGGAUGGAGCAAUCGUGAAGGACGAGUUCUGAAGUAAGAGCAAAAAGUUACUACAGUAUAUUUGUUAUGUAAGUGUAAGCUAAGCAAAAUAUUGAUUGAGAUUUUAUACACGAAACGAAAAAAAAAGCACGGCAAUAGAAAACGAGGUAGGCUAACGAAAAGUGCAUUUGAUUCGACCUAAAAAAACUGAAGUUGUGUUUUAAGGGUUAAAAAAUCGGUUUUGCGUCACAAUAGUAUGGACAUUUUUUAAUUUGUUUUAUUGAAUCGACUGAUUGAGCUUGUACUUGCAGUUAAAACUAGGAUCAAAUGAUGACCAUGCUUCCUGUAUUAUCCCCACUUUCUUACUUGGGAUUUUUGGAAGGCCAAUUUAUUUGUUGACACAAAAGUUUUUUUUUACUAGAUUAGGAUCCAAAUCUGGUGCUGGCACUUCAAAUCGAUUUUAUGAACGUCGAACCUCUACCGUGCGAGCGAUAUACUACGGAUUAUUAUUUUGUAAGCAUUCUGGAUUUUUAAGCAGUGCUUCUCGCAAGAUCCGAAAUAUCCGUAAUUCACAAAAUUAGACUGACUCCGUAUAUAAAAUCAGCCUUAGAUCAUAUUUCCACCUCUCUAUUGGAUUGUUUUGAGGUUUAUCAUCAUUUUCCAUGAAAAAUUUUCCGAGACCGUUUUUUAUAGUGAGGUUUUUUUUUACAAUGGAGAAGACCUUUACGUCCUAGCCCAGUACACGUGCUAUUGGUAGGGUCCAAUCUACCACACGGGGUGCACUGGGGGCGUGUCGGGCUCGAAUGGUGACGCUGCCAUUAAUACCGACUAAACUCCAUUGGGCUUCGCCAUCAUUCCUCCCAGGAACUUGACUUUAGUGCUCACUUUUUUCGUUCCUUGCGAGGCUGACUUGUGUGCUCACCUUACUCAUUCCUUACUAGGCUUACUUUUGUUCUCGCCCCACUCAUACCAUGUGAGGCUGACUUGGGUGCUCACCCUAUCACCUGAUUCACUCUGAGUGAGGUUUAAAAAGCUUCAAAAGCCUGGUCUGUUGUGUUGUGUUGCACUGUUUGGGACUCACAACUCACUUUCGUGUCUAACCACUUAAAACAGUCCUUACUCUUAUUCGGCCUUCUUCCCCACGGAGCUUCAGCAAGGUAUUACUUCGUGAGGGGGGGCUCAUUGUGCUUUCGUCGCACCUCUUUCUUCUGCUGUAUCUCGGAGUCUCACUUGAUUCACGAAAUGAUUCGGUCUUCGAAUUUUGAUUUAACUCUCGACUCUUCUCUUACUUCCAUCUCUGUUAUGUCACCAUUUAACUCUCGUCCCAGUGAGCUGUUUAGAUGCUGAUUCCAUGAGCCAUUUAGAUCCCGUUUCCGUGAGUCAUUCAGCUUCCGGUCUUAUCCCGAUCUACUCGGAUAGUCUCCGACGGUAAACUCACCCUACUUCCCAAAGGAGGAAUUUCUCCCGACACCACUACCCGCUUUCUUGAGCCAUUCAGCUCUCAGCUUUAUCGAGAUGGCCUCGGAUAUUAUCCGGCGGUGAAUUACCCUGCUCCGACUGACAGUUCCUCGGCAUCGGAAUGUCUCUCGGUACCGGUGUUUGUUUCGUGAGCCAAUUAGCUCCUAUUUUUAUCACGAUAUAGUCGGAUAGUCCACGGCAGCAAAUCUACCCUACUGUGAAUUCCCCGGCGGUAGAUUUUCCCCGAAACCGAUGUUCGUUUCCGUGAGCCAAUUAGCUCCCCGCUUCGUCCCGAUCUACUCGAUCUAGUCCCCGGCGAUGCACCUAGCCUGCCAGGCACGUAGCCAGAGGGGGGGCUAGGGGGCUAAAGCCCCCCCCGAAACUUUUCAAAAAUAAAUUUAA